AUGAUGCGCCACUUGUUGCAGGCCAUUUUAUGGCUAGUAAUCCCGUCAAAAAUUCUCGCAGCACGACAGUACAUAGUGGAAGUCUCUUCAGUUGAUCAUAUCAAGCCUGUGGCAGACUCAAUUGAUCAUGGCAUCUCGUGUCUACAGGACGCAAAAAUAUACCUUCGCCACCAAUACGAGAGUCUCAUAUUUCCUGGAAUAUCAGUGAGAAUAGACAAUAGCGACAAUGCCGAGAUGGAUUACAUAAAGUGUCUCAACUCAAUAACUGGAGUGGUUAAAACCUGGCGGUCAGAGUCGUACUCUGCAGCGUCCAGAAAUGAGUCGAACAAUGCUAGUGCCUCAUCGUCACCGAUAGGAAGCAACACUUUUCAUUCUCUGACUGGCGUCAAGCAAUUACAUGACAGAGGCAUAUUUGGACAGGGGCUCACUAUUGCAAUAGUUGAUGAAGGUAUUGAUUACUAUCAUCCCGCUCUUGGAGGCGGAUACGGGAAAGGCCACAAGGUACAGUUUGGCGUUGACCUUGUGGGGGACAACUGGACUACCGGAGACAUACCACGAAUGGAUCAAGAUCCAUACUCGGAAUGUACAGCCCAUGGAUCUCAUGUAUCAGGAAUUGCUGCCGGCAACCAUUCGGCCCUCGGAUUCGUGGGUGUGGCGCCCGAGGCCACGUUGGAACAUUAUCGCAUUUCUGGAUGCCAACGAGCUCCAAUAGCGUCAGAUGUUAUCUUGAAGGCUAUCACAAUGGCUCAUAAUAGGAAUGUGGAUGUUUUAUCGUUGUCCCUGACGUUGAACACGGGGCCUUACCCAGAUGAUCCUGUAUCCGAAGUGCUUACAAGGAUAUCUAAAGAGGGAAAAACCCUCGUUGUGGUGGCGUCUGGCAACUAUGGGUGGCAAGGACCAUUUUCAGCCAGUUCACCUGCAUCAGCAACGGAUAUCAUGGCUGUCGGUUCAGUCAAUCAAAUAAAUGCGGUUCAAAGCCGACCACGAGCCAAAUACAAGGUUGGCGCGGCGGAAAACAACACUACGCCUGCAAAAGAAUUCCCCUGGACCCCGGCAACCCCAGGAAGGUUUCCGGCCUUUCUCAUCUUACAGACGUCAAGUUUAAACAUGACUGUUCAAGAUGAUGCAUGCACAGCUUUGCCGGCUAAUUCUCGCUUUGACGACAACGCUGUGGUGUUAACUCGUCGUGGAGGCUGCAAAUUUAGCGUUAAAAUGGAAAACCUAGUCGCAAAAGGUGCUCGUUACGUCCUAUUGUACGACAAUGUAGAAGGGCCGCUACUGGAAUUCGAUAAUACUUUUGACGGAAUAUCUGCUGCUGGUUCAGUCACGGCACAGACUGGUUUGGAGCUAAUCCAAGCUUUAGCCACGGGGACCAAUGUCACGAUGAUGAUGGAUUCAGACUUUCAAUUUGACCCAUAUGUCAAAGUUGGCGCAAACACGCUUCCUCCGGGACAAAUCAACGGCCGUGGCUCGUGGGGUCCCGCAGGACUAGGCGAUAUCAUGCCAUCAAUCCUAGCCCCGGGACAAAACAUUUGGUCCACCUUCCCACGAAGUUGGGGUGGCUAUGGUACCUUGUCAGGCACAUCAAUGGCUGCGCCCUACAUUUCGGGUUGUUUGGCUCUCAUGAAGCAAGCUCGUCCCAGCUUGAAUUCUUCUGAGAUUAUGCGGCUCCUGACCAGUACUGCACAUCCGCUGGCUUUUAAUGACGGAACGAAUAAAACAUACGAUUUUCUCGCACCUGUUUGGCAACAAGGGAACGGCAUUGUCAAUGCUACCCGAGCCAUAGAUACGAAUUCCUUGGUAUCAACUUCCAACUUGGCUUUCAAUGACACCGAAUACUUCACUGGGAAGGCAUCCUUCCAAGUGCACAAUCAAGGGAAUGAGUCAGUCGAGUACGAAGUUGUUCAUAAGCCAGCUGUCACUGUCCAAACAUUUUUGGUUGAUAGGAAAGAAGUCGUCCCUUGGACCAGAGACAACUCUUCUUCCCUGGCUAGUGAUGAAUUUCUUCAAAAUUUGAAACCUAGACACUACGCAAAUGUUACGACAAAUUCCCAGAAAAUAUUGAUAAGACCAGGCGAGUCAGCAACGAUUCAGGUCACAGCGGAUAUUACCAACUUGGAAGAACUCGCUCCCGACUGCCCUCUGUAUAGUGGUUUCAUUCACUUGGAUGGCAAUGACACUACUCGGCUUACCAUUUCAUACGGCGGAAUCGGGUGUUCACUGCGUCAUGUGGCCGCCUUGCCCCCAGGUUGGAAUCGGACCUAUGUCACUGCUGCCACCGUGAAGCAGGCAAAAGGUGAAAAGUACAAUGCUGCUCCGAUCCCCCCAAAUAUGAUAUUUCAUCUUGAACAUAACACUUCGGCGAUAAUGCGGUCUAACUCCUCCGAUUUGCUUCCUACUCUUAAUUUACAAUUAGCGUUUCCUAGCAAAGCUGUUUCUGUUCACGUCCUCUCAGCAACGGCUCAAGAAUCGGAUGAAGGUAUGCCUGUUUUUCCCGCAGAUAAAACUACUGCGAAACUCGGGGGCUUUGGGCGCACAGAGACAAGCUAUUUUGGAUGGAAUGGAAUACUCGCGAACGGUACUCUGGUUGCUGAAGGAAGCUAUACAUUCAGAGUGUGCGCUUUAGGAGGUUGGGAAAAGCCAGUAGACCUUAAUGUUUGGAAUGACUGCGUUAUGACGACACCAUUCAUCAUAAAAUUUCGAGAAUAA